ACAGAUACGACUACGGUUCAACCUGAAGCACAUUUAUUUGGAAUGGUUGGCAGAUUUAUAAGAACCGUCGAAGUUGAAAAACUGGUCAAACUAGGUGGAAAAUGGUUGAACUCAUACAGAUUAACAUACCUACAUAUAUUGCUCAGUUAUUACAAGCAGGAUGCCAUAGAAAAAAUACUUAUUCUAAAUUACUGUUUGAAAAAUGCCACGACCAUGUAUUUAAGUUGUCCCACAGAAAGCUGUUUCAAGAUGAAUGAAUCUCAGAAUGAAUCACAAAAUGUCAGUCCAGAGAUCAACGAUACGCCUCUUUAUGAAUGGAUUAAAAGCGAAGUCAUGGAGAAAAAAUUAGGAGACGAUUUGUUACGUGUUUUGAUGGAUGAUGAUCAAGACGUUCAUCGGUAUAUUGAACCAAACGACAACAAUGUGCCCACAGAAAUGAUUGAAGAUCACAAUAAUCACAUUCCAAAUCAGACUAGUGACCUGUUCAGUACAAUAAAAAAGAGAAAAGCAGAUGGUGAAGCUGUAUCAUCAGAAGAUAAAGAGGCUCCAAGGGCAAAAAAAAGCUAAAUGAUAAUAAUAAAAAGUGAUCGAUUCAUCUUGAAUGAGUGCACAGGCACAAUUUUUUAAAAUAAAAUUUGAGUGAUUAUAAUUUAAAAUGAAUACAUAUUCUUGCA